CGUCGGAUUUCCGUUUACUUCAUCUGGUAGGGAGAAUUCGUGAAGCACAUAACAUCCAUCAAUCGUGAAAUAAGGAGAAUUAGAGAUCCGAACUUUUUAGGAAGAAACUCAGAUAAUAUUACCCUGAAAACUGCUUUGGUAAGAUAUAGUCACGCAGAUUGUGCCUAGAUUUGAUUGAAAAGAACAGGUCACUUGAAAUUUUUACUGCAAUGUAACUAGGGUCUAGUAAGAAAUGAGGUUAUUCCAAUGGAUCUUCUGCCUCUUUGGAAGUAAUAAAUAACACGUCAGUUGAUGGACCAUGAUGAUAAACAGUGUCGGAAGCCAAACAUAUAAAUUAAGGAGAAAUAUUAUCUUAACGAUCAGUAGGCAAACGAAACCGGGAGUACCCUCCAAGGUCACAAGAUCGAACCAAUUAGAAAGCGAAAACAAGGUUUUUCUUUUCAAGGUCAAAAACGACGGAAAUAAGCGCUUCGUUUAAUUAUGCAUAUGGAGCUACUUGUUGAAAUGCAUAGCAAUCUUAGUGCGGCUCACUUUAAUGAGCGAUGUGCUAAACAGUGUAUGAAGGUUGGAAAUAUCGACGGAGCGAUCUAUUACUAUAAAAAGUCUAUUGCCUUCAUGGAGCUAACCCGAGACGAAGUUGAAGAGGGCGAUCAUGAUUAUGUAAUUAUUGAUUUACAGUUAUCAUCACUGAAACUGAGCUUAAGUGAGGCGGUAUCAAGGAAGACAGAAAUAAUAUCUGGUGACCAGAACGUUUCUUUGAAGACAAUUCCUGCUGACCAUUCAUUUUAUAACAGAAAAUCAGCUGACUCUCCGUCAUACUUACCUUUAUCCUCAAAUCAAACGUCCAAUAAAAAGGAACAAGGAGCCGCUGUUAAACUUCCUAAAACUGAAUUUCAAACACGUGAAGAAUUAGUUACCUGUAUCGAAGAACUUCGAAAACUUGUGGACAUGUUGGCAUCCCAGCUCAGUCGAGUUCGUCAAAUGCUUUCAGAAGAACGUGAACGUCGUCUUGCUAUAGAAGCGGAACUAAUAUCUUCAGGUGGUUUUAAUUAUCAAUCCAAUGAAUCCUUCACCUACCACAAUUACGAUGAUGACGAUGGUUUUGAUGAAAAUAGACCAUGUGUUUUUACAGACCUCACGAAACUUACAUGCUUAAACUUUAAUACAGCUGCGCCAGAUUUAUCUAAUGACGAUUCAACUUUACGUGAACCACAUCAAGCGUCAAACUCCAAUGUGUCAGACUCAUUAGAGCCGAAAUAAUUAUAUCGUAAUUAUUGUGCAUCAUGCUGCAAUCUUUUUUGCACAGAACAUCAUUUCCGCUACGACAGCUCCCCCGGUGUUCCACUCAAUAUGAAAAAAACCAGUCGUUUCACAGCUGAUUUCCUAUAAUUAUACUUACGGGCUAGCAAUUUAACAUGGAUCAUUUAUCGAAUGAUGGAUUUUUGUUAUCAAUGAACACUAAUGUGUUUCAUUCAAACCACUAUGUAUGCAUUUUCUGCCUUGUUUGUUCUUUUCUACAUAUUUUUUGGGUAGUAUACAGUAUGACGACGACUACAAAUCUUUUUUAUUCUACUUCCUUUAAUAUUCAGAUGAACUGUAUGAUGUCUUUCAUUCCUUUGUUUUCAGCUGUUUCCAUUAACGAAAAUCGAUCUGUCUUUCAAAAAGUAUAAUAGUAAUGACUUUCAUUAUUCUCAACCUAAAAUACUGAUAAAGCUUCACAUUAUUUUUUACAUAAAUUGAUUUCGCAAAAACAUCCUACGUUUCAUUCUGUUAAAGACUUCUAAUAACUGAUUUAUCCACCCUAAAAUUGCCAUACGGUGACAAUGUAAACAGAUACUAUAUACGAACUUUUUUCAUUAAUUAA